CAAGUUGGCAUUGGCUGGACUUUAGCAUUGAAUCAACAAGAAGGGAAGUAACAAAGGCAGGGAAUCUUGAGAGUCCAGGUAGACAGCUCCAGAUCCAAACAGAGGAAAUCAUGGCAAAAUUUCUGUCCCAGGAUCAAAUUAAUGAGUUCAAGGAAUGCUUCUCCCUCUACGACAAGGGACAACGAGGGAGAAUAAAAGCUAAUGACCUCAUUGUGGUGAUGCGAUGCCUGGGGGCCAGCCCGACCCCGGGAGAAGUGGGAAGACACCUGCUGAAUCAUAAACUAGACAGAAAUUCAGAACUGGAUUUUUCCACCUUCCUUACCAUCAUGCAUAAGCAAAUGCAACAGGAAGAGCCACAAAAAGAAAUUCUGUUGGCCAUGUUGAUGACUGAUAAAGAGAAGAAGGGGUACAUUACUGCAGAAGAGCUGAGAUCCAAACUCACUAAAAUGGGAGAACGACUGACCAACAAAGAAGUGGAUGAUCUCCUGAGAGAAGCUAAUAUUGGACCAAAUGGUAAAGUGAAAUACAACGAAUUUAUCCAAAAGAUCACCCGUCCUGCGCCGGAUUACUGAACUGGAUAUAUACGGAACAAAGAGGAGUCAUCUCUGAAAUCCGAAAUCUUCCGAUAACUUGAUUGGAUUUUUAUAAAACGUAUCCCUUUUACUCUAGGGAGAAUGGCAAUGCCCUACUCAGACUGCUACCUUAUGUCUCUGCUGUAGACAAGGCCUUUUCUGGAGUGACACAAAUAAAACUGCUUUUAACAGUA